CGACACCGCUAACAGGGAUGCAGCGAGGGCGCAGCGCAGCCUGAAAAAUGGCACCACCACGCGUCCUGUGGAUCUAUCCAUCCCUUUUCUUCCUGUCCUCCCUGCUUCUUCUUUUUCACGUGUUGUCGCCGUGCCGAGCCUUACGGAAUUACCCCGAGAAUGAAGUUACGUUGCUGGACUCCAUGUCAGCCUUGGCCGACCUGGGCUGGGAGGCUUACCCUAAUGAGGGGUGGGAGGAGAUCAGUGUGAUGGAUGAGAGGAACACCCCGAUGAGGACGUACCAGGUGUGCAACGUCAUGGAGGCCAACCAGAACAACUGGCUGAGGACGCGCCACAUCAGCCGAGAAGGAGCGCAGCGUGUCCACAUCGAGAUCAAGUUCACCCUGAGGGACUGUAACAGCCUGCCCGGGGUCCCUGGUACCUGCAAGGAGACUUUCAACAUGUACUACUAUGAGUCCAACAAUGCCAACCUGUGGUUCAUCAAGGAAAGCCAGUAUGUCAAGAUCGAUACUAUUGCUGCGGAUGAGAGUUUUACACAGGUGGACGUCGGCGACCGCGUGAUGAAGCUGAACACGGAGGUGCGCGACAUCAGCAACCUGAGUAAAAAAGGCUUCUACCUGGCCUUCCAGGACCUGGGCGCAUGUAUCGCUCUGGUCUCUGUCAGGGUCUUCUACAAGAAGUGUCCCCUCACUGUGCUCAACUUGGCCCAGUUCCCCGACACAAUAACGGGCGGAGACACGGCACUGGUGGAGGUCCACGGGGCUUGUGUGAAUGCCUCAGAGGAGUUCGAGGCUCCGAAGAUGUACUGCAGUGCAGACGGAGGCUGGCUGGUUCCCAUCGGGAGGUGUGUGUGCAAACCGGGCUUCGAGGAGAACAAGGAUGUCUGCCAACCGUGCAGACCUGGUACCUAUAAAGCUUCAGCCACAGAUGCCUACUGCACCAAAUGUCCUCCUCACAGCUCGUCCCCGCAAGAACAAGCCGUCGAGUGCGUCUGCGAGAAAGGAUUCUACCGUGCUGAGAACGACGCACGCUCAAUGGCCUGCACACGCUCACCAUCUGCUCCCGAGAACCCCAUCUCCACGGUGAACGAGACCUGCGUCACCUUGGAGUGGUCGCCGCCCAGAGAAACGGGAGGCCGAGGAGACAUAACCUACAGCCUGCACUGCAGGAAGUGCUCUGGUGAUGGCAGGAAGUGCACGCCGUGUGGUAGCAGCGUCCACUUUGUUCCCAGACAGUUUGGUCUCUCGUCAGCCACCGUACUGGUCACCGACCUGCAGCCGGACUCCAACUACAGCUUCACUGUUGAGAGCCAGAAUGGAGUGUCAGACUUAAGUCCCACACCCAGAGGAACGGUAUUCCUCAAUGUCACUACAUCACAGACAGUGAGCGUAGUGUUGAAGGAGAGGAGGAGCAAGGACAGCGUGACUUUGGCCUGGCAGGGUCCAGACAGACCCAACGGAGUGAUAGUGGAGUAUGAGGUCAUCUACUAUGAGAAGAAUCAGCGGGAGCAGAACUACACAGUGUUGAAGACUCGCUCCAACAUGAUGACAGUGGACGGGCUGAAGCCAGGGACCACCUACGUGUUCAGGGUCCGGGCUCGAACCGACGGGGGCUAUGGGAGCUAUGGUGGAGAGAUCGAAUUGGAAACCAGCCACGAAGAUGUUUUUGCUAUCGGGGACCCUAACCAGUCCACCAUUCUGGCUGUGUCCAUCGCCGGGGGAAUCGUUCUCCUCAUCUUCCUGGUGACUUGCUUCGUUGUCAGCGGAAGGCACUGUGGGUAUAUCAAAGCCAAGCAGGACCCCGAUGAAGAGAAGAUGCAGUUCCAACAUGGCCGAGUCAAGCUUCCAGGCAGCAGGACCUACAUCCAUCCUCACACCUACGAAGACCCCAACCAGGCUGUCAGAGACUUUGCCAAAGAGAUCGAUGCGUCCAACAUCCGCAUAGAGAGAGUCAUUGGAGCUGGAGAGUUUGGGGAGGUGUGCAGUGGUCGGCUGCGUGUUCAGGGUAAGAGGGAGAUCUACGUGGCCAUCAAGAGUCUGAAGGCGGGAUACUCCGACAAACAGAGGAGGGACUUCCUGUCUGAGGCCUCCAUCAUGGGACAGUUUGACCAUCCGAACAUCAUCAGGCUUGAGGGGGUCGUCACAAGAUGUAAACCAGUGAUGAUCAUAACGGAGUUCAUGGAAAACGGAUCUCUCGACACUUUUCUCAAGAAACAUGACGGCCAGUUCACGGUGAUCCAGCUGGUCGGCAUGCUGCGUGGCAUCGCCUCAGGUAUGAAGUACCUGUCAGACAUGAGCUACGUACACAGAGACCUGGCAGCUCGAAACAUCCUGGUCAACAGCAACCUGGUGUGUAAGGUGUCAGACUUUGGCCUGAGUCGAGUUCUGGAGGACGACCCAGAGGCUGCCUACACCACAAGGGGAGGGAAGAUCCCCAUCAGAUGGACGGCUCCGGAGGCCAUAGCUUACAGAAAGUUCACCUCAGCCAGCGACGUGUGGAGCUACGGUAUCGUCAUGUGGGAGGUGAUUUCAUACGGAGAGAGACCCUACUGGGAGAUGUCCAACCAGGAUGUGAUCAAAGCAAUAGAUGAGGGCUACCGUCUUCCCGCUCCAAUGGACUGUCCUGUGGUGUUGCACCAGCUCAUGUUGGACUGCUGGGAGAAGGGACGCAGCGACAGGCCAAAAUUUGGACAGAUUGUCACAAUCCUGGACAAGCUCAUCAGAAACCCAGCCAGCCUCAGAGAGCUGGCCAACAGCUCAGAAUGCAGGGAGGACCCCCCAUCCACCCCAGAGUUCAGUGUGAACACAGUGGAUGAGUGGUUGGAGGCCAUCAAGAUGGGCCAGUAUAAGGAGAACUUUUCCAGUGCUGGAUAUGUCAGCUUGGACUCAAUCCUCUACAUCAGUGUCAGUGAAUUGGCUAAGAUGGGUGUGAAUCUUGCCGGCCACCAGAAGAAGAUUUUGUCCAGCGUGCAGAGCGUGCAGACCCAAGGGACGCACGUCCAAGUAUAACGGUUUCCACAUAAACACACAGUGAGACGCUCCUGUGAAGAGUUUCCCCACUGAAAUGGAGUUGUAAUGGAUACUCUGUGCUCGGGCCUCGAUUUUGAGAAACACUGAGAUGGAGACAACAUGGACGCUUGACUCCUUCACCUCCUCGCAGUUUCACCAUUCUUCCCAUUCUUGAUGGGCACUACAGGCUUUAGCACUCAGAGUCUCAGCAACACAGCCACCAUUACGGAGCAACAGAGAGACACACGUCCAACAACAAGGCCACAUCUAGAGCAUCCCCGACCAUUUCACAUUAUGUCAGCUCAGCAAAAGAAGAAAAAAAAUACUCUCUACAAAGGAAAUGACAAAAAAAUAAAAAAUUAGAAUAUAAUUAUCAUCACUGUCUGUGAGGUGUACAGUUGUUUUUUACAGGUCAUUUUGUUUCUGUUUUGAGUUUUCACCUUGAAGAGUUUAAAAAGGGUCAGAAGAUAUGUAUAUGUGUAGAUAUAUGUUUAUAUGGGCUGUGUGUCCCACAACCGUAGAGAUGGACCUAACGUUUGUAUUGGUGGUGAGGUUUAUAUCGCUCAACCUAAUGGGAGUUAUUACCUACUACAUGUAUGGCCCCUUCCAUUGCUCUCUGUAUACAGAAAGCCAAUGAGUGAGCAGAGAUUAUGGAUGACAUGAAUGUGUGGGGUGAGGGGAACAGAAAACUGGACCUUUAGAGAUAGACAGGGAUGUACAUUUCGCUAGCUCAUGUAGGAUGGAAGUAUGAUUCAUUUAAAUAGUGUUUUGACCAGGACAAGGGCUUCCCUUCAGGUGUGUUAAGAAAGUUAUAGUGUUUUGUGUAAAGAGAAGUUGGUGCCAAGGUCAUCCUAGAGUGACACUGUUAAGAACGUGAACCUUGUUUUUCCAGUGUUGUGCCAUGUACAGUUAACCUCAAAAUGUUCAUCUGGGCAACAUACCACCAUUCCUCCUAUACUCUGCCCUUUCAUCAGUUCCUAUGGCUGGAUGGUAACACAAGGCCAGUCACGGUAAUUACAGUGUUUUGUUCAAAUAGUCUGCUUGAUGAAAAGGAGCAUUGGAAUGGACCCUUUUUUCAGCAAGAUGAAAUAUAUACACAGUUUUGAUUUUCAGCUGUGCCGCCACCAGAGGGUAACUUUUACUUAAAAAAAAGAUGAUUGUGCGUCUUGUACUGUCUCACUUACUCGUUAUUGGUCAUGCCAACGUUUUUCAAGCACCCCUAGUUUGAAACCAAUACUGAUAAGGUAAAUUUACAAAACAAUGUUUACAGCAAAAAGCAAAUAAAUUGGUUUGUUGGUUUUUACUUAUCAGAAGGAAACUGCUGCUUAUCACAUAAACUACAAGCUUAGAUAUGAUGGGACCCUCUUUGUGUGCACUGCAUUAAUGGCACUGAACUUGCUUUAGUGUAUUCCCAAACCGAAUUUUAAUAUAUGUGGUAUUCUAUAGGACCAACAGUGGCAUAAAGUACAGUAUAUAUGAUUGUAUCAUAGUGUAAAAUAUGUACAGUGUUGAUUUCCAAUGUUAGAAUGUUUGUAAUGAUAACGAUGAUGAUGACUAUGAUGUACUUUUAUUGUGAAAAAGAGAUUUCUGAAGUACUCGUUCAGGGGCGUUUCAUACAGGAGAAAAGUGCAGGGAGGUGAUUCGUUGGUCUGAACAAAGGAAUGUAGCAUGGUGCGAUGCUUCAGCUUUGAUUGACAGGUGACAGUGUGUGCAGUUUCUACCAUAGUGUUAGAAUGAGUAGAAUGGACUUUCCUUAUUGAUACACUGGCUUAAUUUGCAUACCCCUCUUGAACUGUAAUUACAUGCACUUUUUAAGCCUGUGUUCGCCUACAAAACUUGUAAAAAUGCUUGUUUGGGUGAUAUAAGGAUUGAAGGAGGGAGGUUGAGAUAAGAGACGUCCUCAGGUCAAAUUGAACAUUCGCUAAAAACUCUCCCAAAAGCAGAAAUUGUCCAAUCAUAUCUUAGUAACUAUAACUAGGCACAGCAGACCUGUCAAGCUUUGCAUUACUCCGCAUGCUGAAGACAUUCGCAUGUAGUAAGAGCUUGUUACUUGGCAGGGUUGUGACUUUUCAGCCUUUUCCAAAAUACAACAGCAAAAUUGUAAAGGAGUGGAUAACACAGUUUGUUUGUCUGUUCUGUUGUAAACUGCAUGUCGGAAUAACUAGCUAACUACAUACAAUAGUAAUCGAGCAUUACUUCCAAGGCCAAGGUGCACGUGAUUAAUUAUAAAAUAAAAGCCCCGUUCACAACAAGCUCAUCCACUGUGUUGUAUUUCUCCACUGAGUUGAAGCUGGUUGUGGACGCCAUCAGGAGUUCAGGGUAAUGUCGUCCUGCUCUUUUGGAUUUGGGGAACGUUUACACCCAAACAACCCCACCCAUCAUUAUUCAAGAUAACUUUAUGUUUGCCUCAACACAUUGGUUAGUCCACAUCCUAAAAGCCUUUUCUCUUGUAGUGUUAAAAGUGAAUCAUGUUGUUUGAGAAUGCAAACAAGGACGGAUCCUUUUUCAUCGCUUUUACAGGGUUUUCAUUUGAAAAGAAGUCAGCCGGAGACAGCGUUUUCAACCAACUCGUGGAGCUCAAGUUAGCGUGCUUGGAUAGUGACAGCUGUCCUCCGAGCCAGAAGACAAUAUGUUGGAUGGCGAGACAUGAGAAGUCUGCUUUUGUCUACCUCUUUCUGAUAUCAAGACCCAGUGUUUAAAAAGGACAAAACAAAUGACAUAGCGUGCCGCUCUUAUUGUAAACUAUAUGAUGCGCCAUUCUAGGACGGGAAGCUUGACGGGCGUAGCAACAGUAACGGAGGGGGCCGGGCUUAGUGAACUGUCGGUUGGCGCGGGCAGCAGAGUGAACAGUUCAACCUCUGAAAGGCUUUGUACUUGUGCUUUUUCUAUCAUUUCAGAAUACUUUACGAAAUACAAUCUGAGUCUGAAAGUGUUAGUACAUUCUACUCUUGCUAACGCUAUGAUUUCACUCUAGCGGACUACCCUUGACCGCUGGCCUUUUAGAUGCCUUAUUUACUGAGCUCUUGUUCUUUUCUGUUGCCCUAUAGAGGCGAUAUUAAGAGUAUAGUGUAUGUACAGGUAGUAUUUAUCUGUGUUGUUAAAAUGACCUCACAUCAACUCCCUGGUUUUGUAACGUCCCAGAGACCCGCUCCAACGCUCCUUCACUUUGAUUCCUCUAAGCAGAACAGAAGUCAUUUUGUCCUGAAAAUAUUAUAGUAAAUCUUUAUGCUGAUGACCUGUGAAAGCUGAUAAAGAAAUUGACGGUAUUGUUCUUAUUUAUUCGAGUCAGAAGAUAUUCAAUUAGAUUGUAUGUAGUUAGCAUAAAAUCUGAUAGGCUUCAUUUGGUUCCAAACUUUUCUUCACGUGCAAAAUUCCUAAUGCAAUGUCAGAAUUGAAAAAAAAAAUACUAUUUUAAGUAUAACACAGAAAAUAUGUCGACAAAGACCUCCCUUUUUACGAGCUUAUUCAACACUCCCACUUUAGAAGUUUUAAGAAUAGAGAGGUCAAGCCCACUUUGGUUUCAACUCUCAAAAUGCCAGGUUUGUUUCACUAUUCACUCUAUCAAGGUUAGCUAUGUGGGUUGGUUUGCUUAACCUUAAAUACAGUGUUUGUCCUCCAUUCAUGUAUUGUAAGUGUUCCUGAGUGACUCUCCUCAAGACUUUCAGUUCUGUCUCUUUCUCUCCUCCUCUCUCUCUCUCUCUUUCUUUGGGCCACCGUACAAUGCUUAUUUGUCCCGAUGCCAGUUUCCUCUGCGUUGCUUGUUGUAAAGGGUGUAGGCAUUCUAAUGUCUUUCAUGUUGCUGUAAUAAAUAUGCUAAUAUUUCUAAUUUCUCA